GUCGUCAUUUAACUACGCCAGAAGAGAAAAUAUAAAAUCCUUCUGCAAAUGGCCAGAAACAUAGAUCUCUUCACGAUAGUGGCAAUCCUGAUGAUGCUAACUAAGUUGAUUAUGGCUUAUGUACAAUUACAACAAGAAUGGAAUACCUUAUUCACUUCAGCUGAGAAAGUACAGAGGAUGGACUUCAAUUCAGUAAAAGAAGACACCAAUGCUGAGGCAAGAUCCUCAGCAAAUGAUUUGGACGCGGCUUGGAAAGAAACGGCAUAUGAUAAUUUUGCCACCUCAAAUCCUUUACCUGGAGAAUAUUUUUUAAAUGUUAAUUUAAAUACAAUUGAUAAAUCGGUGAAAAUAUUUUCCCAAGUCUUUAUACGUGACUCACUUAAAGUUAUUCAGCGUAAAUUAAGAAGUGCUACAUCUGCUGACGGAGCUGCAGAACUAUUCGUCAUCCUAGCGAAAAUUAAAAAUCUUAGUGCUAUGCAGCAGUUGCUAGUGGGGCAGGAUUUAUAUGACACCUUGAACUUAAUGAAUAAUGUAAAUUUUGAUACUGAGCUUUCGGAAAAGUACGCUGCAUGGUUUGAAGUGUUAUUGGAGCACAUCAAUUGGCNGAAGACACCAAUGCUGAGGCAAGAUCCUCAGCAAAUGAUUUGGACGCGGCUUGGAAAGAAACGGCAUAUGAUAAUUUUGCCACCUCAAAUCCUUUACCUGGAGAAUAUUUUUUAA